GGCUAACCGCCUUCAAAGCUCCGCCUUGAUCUAUAAAUACCAACCGAUGCUCUGCUAUUCAUUUUCCCUUCACCCAGCAACGUCGUCUUCCUCGUCUCUCUCCAAGAAUGGCAGCGAAGAGAAGUAAGUAAAGUCCCAUACUCUUCCUUCUAGGGUUUCGAAUUUCUCUACCGCUUGCUUGAGUUUUCUCCUGUUGCCCCAGUAAGUAGGGUUCUGAGGAAGACGAAGGGAUAGAUUUUCCCCGAAAAACCCAUUAAUUCGUUGCUGGUCGCCGCUUGUAAGUAGUUUCCCCGUGGAUUCUACAUGUUUAGAAUCUGAUACAUGAAUUUCUGUUGCCAAGUUCUAGUGACUAACGUGGGGGUGAUGUUUGGCCCCAACACUUUCGAUCGAAUUCGUUGUUGGUUCCCGGAAAAGGUCUUCGAGGGUUUAGUUGUCCCUUUGUACACAAGUUUGCUCUUGCUCCAUCUUAAUGUCAAGAAGCUUUAACAUGCUAAAGCGGGGUCCUAGAAGAGAGUUAUGACUCGUAGCAACUGCUCUUCUGCCCCAAAUGUCGGUUUAUCCAUGGUCUCUAAGGUGCAUGGCAAUGAGGUCCUAGAAGAGAACUCUGCUUGUCGGAGUUGCUCUUCUGCCUUUGUUGCCCUUCUGCCCCAUCUAUGAUUUUUAAGACUCUCUAAAGCUUGAUAAUGGGGUCCUAGAUGGGAACUAUGACUAAGCAUAGUUGCCCUUCUGCUCCUAGAAAAGAGUUUUUUUACAGUAUAACAGUGGGGAAUACUUGGUGAUGGGAAGAACAAGUUGCUGAUAUCAAAGUCCUAACUUGGUUGGGCCUUAUCAUAUGCUAUGAACUCAGGGUUCGAGUGCAGUGUUGGUCUAGUAAGAGUGAUGGCCGAAAAUUUGGUAUUUACCAAGAAAAAGAGUUGCCCUUACUGCUCCUAGAAAUGAGUUGUAUGAUAGUAUAACAGUGGGGAAUUGUUACUGUUGGAAAAAUUAAGUUGCUGAUAUCAAAGUCCUGACUUUGUUGCGCCUUAUCGUAUGUUAUGAACUCAAAUUCCAAAUGCAGCGUUGGUCUGGUGGGAGUGAUGACUGAAAAUUUGUUAUUCACCAAGAUAACAGGUUGGCUGUGUGGAAUUGAGGCUUUCUGGAUUUAAUACCGAGCCAUCUGUUGAUUAUUGAAAGUUGAAAUACAUGGUUUCUUUAAUCGUACUCAAUCCUUGUGUUCCUUUUCUUCUCCAUUUGAUUAACAUAAUAUUGAUUCCGAAAAUAUGUUGUCCUUGUUGGUUCUGAAAACAAGAUGCUGAUAUGACAACAAUGCUCCCCUCCUCAAUGACCGAUUCACCCAUUUCAGCAGUAUUUUAUGGACUGGAAGUGCUUGAUGAUAUCCUAGGACUAGAAGGGUGCUUGAGAAUGAUCAUGACUAGUUUUCUGCAGUACCAUAAGUCCAAGACGUGCUUUAUCCUUCCUUCUUUUUUUCUGGAAGCAAGAUGCAGACUUGAGAGUUUUUAGAUGGCAUGAUGUCUCCUAGAAGGCAACCUGAUAUGGUGUCAGUUUAUUCCAGCAAGGUUCAUUCAUUGUGAUGGGGGUUCAUUGUGCAGUAGUUCAGGUCUUGAGAUCCUGGAAGAGAAGUUGAGAGUUCUUAGAUGGCAUGACGGCUCCUAGAAGGCAACCUGGAGGUUGUUAAUAUGGUGUCAGUUUAUUCCAGCAAGGUUCAUUCAUUGUAAUGGGAGUUCAUUAUGCAGUAGUUCAGGACUUGAGAACCCCUAGAGUAAACAAUGAUCUAUUGCUUAUUCAAAGUCCAUGUUACCAAAUCAUCUUUUGUUCGUUAUGAUCUACAUCCAUGGUUUUAAUAGACACGUUAAUUUUAUUGAAUAGUCCCUUCAGAAUGCUGUAAGUAGACUUUGCUUCAUGAUAUACUUUGCAUUUCAGAUCAUUGUUGAUUGCGUGGUCUACGGAAAUCUUAGAGGGAGCUCAAUUCUUGCAUGUACUGAGCAUUUAUUUUGUAAUGGCAGCCACUUCUAUUGACUGCAUCUCAUCGCUAAUGCCUGAACGGAAAGUGUUGCAAGGAAAAUUGUAAGGUUUUGUGCCCCAGUUUAUUUUUCCUUAUACUGAUCAAAUGCGGGUGGUAUUAAUCAGCAGCUAGUAUUCAAUUUUUCCACUUCAUUGCAGUUUGCUCAAAUUACUUAUUGGUGGGCGCAAAGUGCUUGUAUAGGCAUGUAAGGAGGAGCAUAUAAGCGCAGAGGAAAUGUUAUCCUCAUGUUAUUGUUUAAUACAAGGGUAGACCAGCCACCGCUGGUGAGAAAGUUUGUUGUUUUGCUAUGUUAGUGCUUGAAUAAAGUUCCCUUGAGGUGUUAUAUGAUGAGGAGGAGAGUUAUGUGAUUUGCACUCAGUGACUGAUCGUGUGUUUGUUGUUGGAAAAUCCAAUGCAACAUCGAGGUUCCACGCCAGUCGCCAAAUACAAAGUUUUUUUUUUGUAUUGGAGGUAGAUUAGCAGGAAGAAUUCAAGUUUCGGGUUCAAAGUUCGCCAUAAUGAGUCUAAUUCUGGUUUGAUGUUUCCUAUUCCAGAAAUCAAGUAGUUACAAAGUUUGCCAUGAUGGUAUGUGAUUUGAGGAGGGCAAGCAGGAAUGCUGAAACCCAAGUUCUGGUUUAUGUUUUACACCCGUUACAUGCAAUUGAGCAUUAGUUUUAUUUCCCAAUUUCUUUGCUUUCAUAUGUCCAGUAAUGGGAAAUGUCAGAUGUGUUCUAAAUUAGUUUUGUUGAGAUACUAGAAAGAGGAGAGUUUGGCAUCUUCAUAGUGGUAUAUUCGUGGUGGGUUCGCUUGCAAACUGGUCAGUCCAGCAAUUUGAGACGACAUGCAGCCUAUAAACUGAUUCUAUAUAGAGUCUGGGAUGGGAGUUAAUUUUCCUCUGACAUGAGAAAUCCAAGUUCUGAUAGGAGUUCAGGAACCGUAUGAUCAGUGUACUCUAUUAGUGAAGGUAUUUCAACUAUCCAACAUUCCUGGUUUUAUCAUUUAAUCUUGCAGAUGUAGCUGCCAUCUGAUAUUCUGAUCUUGAUAUCUCGGCUACCCAUGAAUAUUCUAUUUCAGUCCAAAUGGGAAAAUUCUUACUGCUAAUAAUUGAGAUGUAUGCUGAAGUAGUCUAAUUCUAAAAGAAGUUGGGAGAGAGAGAUUACUUUUGUGCCUAGUCUCAUCAUAGGAAAAAAAAGAUGUUUUCUUCUCAAUGAAGAAGGACAAGUCCCUGGACCUGAUGAAUUCAUUGCUGAGUUUUUCCAGGUGAACUGGUAGGUGGUUGGUUCGUAUAUAAAUCACGUCAUUUAAGAAUUUUCAGUCUGAAGCAGCAUGCUAAGGGAGAUAAACUCCUACUAUUCUUUGUUCAUGCUCCUGCUCGGUGUUAUAGCUCGGUGGCUUUAUUUACAUGUUCCCCUGUAUUCUCUUUUCACCCUUAAGAAGAAGAAUUACGAUGAAUAAACAACUGACAUCUAGCAAGAAGGAACCUGGGUUGACAAGACAUGUAUUUGUUAGCUGCGGUUUGCAAGCUUCUGGAACUAGUUGGAGCUUUUGAGUUUUAAUGUCUCAAUUAAGUUAUUGCCUGUUGGUACGUGUUUCUGGAGGGAUUUUGAGGUCGGUGCUCUAGCUGUUCAGCUGACUGAAAGGGAGGGAGAGUUGAUUCAAGUAAAGGCUGAAGUGAAGAAGUUAGUUAAUGUCAUGAAACACAUUCAAGAAAAGAUAACGGAAGUGAACUCGAAGGUAUAUCUUAUUCAAGAAAAGAAUCACGGAGAAGGUAAACUCAAAUCUUGGAGAAGCAUAUUCUAUGGUUUAGGACACCCUGAUGUGCAUAUCGUUUUAUGUGCAUGAUAUUUUUUUCCAAGUAUUUCUUGUUUCUGUAGUUAAAGUUGCUACUAGGUAGAUCACAAGCAUGGGUCCCACUCCCAUCUCUAGAUGUCACGAAGUAAGAGAUGUUAAGGAAAACGUUUGGAUCAUUGAUUUCUCAAAUCUUCUUCUGUUUAACAUAUUACAGUUGGCAGUUACUAGGACUGGGAAGCAGAAGGCGUCACACCCAUAUGAAUUAGAGGGAGCUAAAGCCUUAGGUUCAUAAUAAAGACCUGUAUCAGGUACGUUCAUAAUAACGCAAAAACAUUCUUUGAUAGCAGCCUACAUGGGAACUGAAACUAGCUUCCAUUCCAACACUAGCUUUAGAGGCAAGUGAUAAAAAAUAGUGUAAACUUAACUGCAAAUCGGCGCCAACACUUCCGAUCGAAUGCGUUGUUGGUUCCCGGAUGAGGUAUGUUUCCGACCUACCCUUUUUUUUCUGGGCUGGAUAAUAAGUGGGAGGGAUUAAGAUGGGUCUUCGAAGGUUCUGUUAUCCUCUCAGAACCACUGCGAUCUUGCUGGUUUAUAUGAUUUUGGGACAGUUCGGUUACUUACGUCAAUGUAAGAUCUAUGAAUAACCUGUCGCCUGUUGG